UUAACUCUCUCUCUCUCUUAUCUCCUCUACACAUAUACAAAUAUUCCUGCCCUUCCACUAUCACCAUCACUGAAAUCCCUAAUUCCUCUCUGGUUAUCCAAAAUGGCAGCUACCCAACUAUCAAAGUGGAUCUCUACUAGAACUUCAUCUUCCAUCAAGCUCCUUCUCUUCCCUUCUUUCAGGAGAAGCAUGCAAGAGAAAGUGACAUACGAGAAGGAGGUGGAAGAACAAAGCAGAGUGCCAGCAACGUUGCCGGACGACGUGCUUGAGCUCGGCGCAGGCACAACCAGACCAGACAAGCCAUGGACUCCCAACCCAAACACCGGCGUCUUUGGCCCCUCCGACAACAACACCACCACUUCCUCUACUGCUGACCAGCCUGUCUUCUCCCGCCCUCUUGAUAUCCUUGAUGAUGAACCUUCAACCGAGUAACCACCACCACUACCACUACAACUACUAGUACUAGUACUACUUAUAACUAUGUGUAUGUGUUGUGAUAUAUAUGAUUUUUGUUUUCCAUUUGCUGUAUGGUUUGUAACUUGUGUCUUUGAGAUCAAUGAUAAUAUUUGAGAUGAGUGUGAAUGUUAUGAA